GUGCGUUCAUCUGCAGUGCACGAACAAUCGAGCCAGCAACAUAAACGAUCGAGGCGCGGUGGCCGUAGCAACCGCAGCAAGCAUGAAUAACUCGCGCGCUCUAGUGUUGGUGCUCCUGCUGCUGGCCAUCGCCAUGGCGAGCUGCAGGCUCUCGCUCGCCGCCCACGAGAGCAGCACCAGCCUCGCGGACACCCUCGGCCGCGACCUGCGGGGCUCCAUCGCCAGGGCCGCCGGCAACCUCUUCAGACCGGACGGUGGCUGGCGCGCCGCGAACGUCACCGCCGACGCCGAGGCAAAGAACCUGAGGGCCGUGGCGUCCCGGAGGCGGCGGCCCGCCACCAGGAAGUCCUCCGGCGGCGGCGCGGGCUGCGUCAGCGCCGCGGCGUGCCGGAAGAGGCGGGUCAUCUGCGGCAAGAGGUGCUACGACGGCGCCUCGUCGCGCGCCGCCGCCAGCCUCAACCACGUCCCGUCGCGGUGCGUCGUCAAGUGCAGGAAGUGCGUGCCCACCUGCUAGACGCCUAGACCAGAACCAGACCCUCUCUUCGUUCCGCGAUGGGUCAUCCACUCGCCUCCUGCUCACAGCGCAUGCAGCUCCGGUCCACAUUUCUGUCGUAGGUUCAGUCGUUCAGACGUUCAGUCGAAUAAAUAAAAGACGCAAAACCUGUUCCGUGCAGUUGUAGGUACUAGUGACUAGUGAAUACUGGAUAGUGAUUUGGACACUGUAUUCCGUCGUGUGCGUUUUUUGGAAUUAGGGUGCUGUUUGAUUCACAUAUUUAUAACGUGAACGAUAAACAAUAGUGUUAAACUAUGUUUGUUUAAAUUCAACCAUAAUUAUAUACCACACUAAAACUGAUAUCAUCUU